AUGGCUCGUUCUUUCACUAACGUCAAUUUUGUUUCUUCUCUCCUUCUCCAAGGAUUUGCAAAUGCUCUCACUAGACGCGGAUACGCUGUGGCGUCGCAAAACGCGACAAGGGGAGGGGUGGUUUCCAUGAACAAAAUUGGAACACCAACGUCAGGGGAAGACAAAGGGGUGUCUCCCUACAAGGUUUCGUGGGUUCCAGAUCCUGUCACUGGUUACUACAAACCCGAGAACAUCAACGAGGUUGAUGUUGCUGAAUUGCGCGCAACGCUUUUGGUCAAAAAAAUGAAAAGCAGUUCAAAGGCGAAUGGGAAACAAUUGGUGUUUUAUGAGGUAGAAGAAGCGUGUGUUACAAGUAUGUUUCAGAUGAAGCCAAUAGUUGAGGGUUUUGGUCGUUUUCAUUUUGUUGUGGAUUCUGGCUUGGACUGUGGUGGAAAUGAAUGA